AUGGGUGAAGUGGCUGACCCUGGUCGUCUGUUGAGAUUGGCUAGAGACAUUAAUCAUCUGGGGGCAGUCAAGUUUCAUGGAAGCAUGGAUUAUAUGGUGGCUGAUCAGUGGGUCGAGGAUAUGGAGACUUAUUUUGAGAUGAUGGACUGUAAUGAGAUCGAAAAGAGGAAGCUAGCCACUUUCAUGCUAAAGAGUGAGGCUAGGGUGUGGUGGAAUUAUACUCAAAAGACCAUUGACGUGACCACCCUGACUUGGGAUGGUUUUGACGUGACCAUUUCCUUCAUAUUCCGAGAGAAGUACUUCCCAGCUUCAGUGAGGGAAAAAUUGGAGCGGGAGUUCCUCUUACUAACACAGGGAAAGAUGACGGUGACAGAAUAUGAAGCAGAGUUCUCCAGGCUAUAUCGGUUUGUGAAACCAAUGGAUGCUGAGGAUUUGGCCAAGAAGUUUCAGCGGGGGUUGAAUGCUUCCAUUGAGCGUGAUGUGGCCAUUUUGGAAUCAUGA